GGGCAUGCGCACGCGGCGGGGGCCGGACGCAGAGAGGGGGCGCGUGGCUGUCGGCUGGGACGCACCCACUCAGUAGCUGUGUCGCCGGCUGCCCCGGGGCCUGGAUAGUGAGGCUGCGUGGGCCCGACUGCCGGCUGGAGGACUGCAGGAUCUCCCUUUGUUGCCUACGCUGCCCUUGAAGUAAUCCUCCUACUUCAGUUUGCUGACCGCUGGGAUUACAGGUGUCCUUGGUCACCAUGAAGCCCCUGCACCCAGCCCUCCCUAGCUGCCUCCUGUUGGUGCUGUUUGGUAUCUGGAGAAUUACCGCCCAGACUCAUGCCUCAUCGACUGCCAUGCUGCCCCUCAGCGCCACCUCUUUCCUGAAAGAUCUCAUGAAUCGCUAUGGGGAGAAUGACAGCCUUACUCUGCCACAGCUGAAGGCCCUGCUCAACAAACUGGAUGUGGGAGUAGGCCGGGAUAACGUUACCCAGCCCGAGGAAGGACACAGGAACCUCUCCACGUGCUUUAGCUCUGGAGCCCUCUUUGGUGCCCACAAUUUCAGUGAGCGAUCUCAGAUCGGGGUGAGUGAGUUUCGGGAGUUCUGCCCCACCAUCCUCCAGCAGUUGGAUUCCCGGGCUUGCAGCUCAGAAAACCAGAAGAAUGAGGAAAAUGAGCAGACAGAGGAGGGGAAGCCUAGCGCCAUCGAAGUCUGGGGGUACGGUCUCCUCUGCGUUACCGUCAUCUCCCUCUGCUCCCUCAUGGGGGCCAGCGUGGUGCCUUUCAUGAAGAAGACUUUUUACAAGAGGCUGCUGCUCUACUUCAUAGCCUUGGCGAUUGGAACCCUCUACUCCAACGCCCUCUUCCAGCUCAUCCCCGAGGCCUUUGGUUUCAACCCUCAGGACAAUUAUGUCUCCAAGUCUGCAGUGGUGUUUGGCGGCUUCUACCUUUUCUUUUUUACAGAGAAGAUACUGAAGAUGCUCCUGAAGCAGAAAAAUGAGCACCAUCAUGGACACAACCAUUUUACCUCCAACACUCUCCCUUCCAAGAAGGACCAGGAGGAGGGUGUGACGGAGAAACUACAGAAUGGGGACCUGGACCACAUGAUCCCUCAGCAUUGCAACAGUGAGCUUGAUGGCAAGGCAGCUGGCACGGACGAGAAGGUCAUCGUAGGCUCCAUGUCUGUGCAGGACCUGCAGGCAUCCCAGAGUGCUUGCUACUGGCUCAAAGGGGUCCGAUACUCUGACAUUGGCACCCUGGCCUGGAUGAUUACCCUGAGCGAUGGUCUUCACAAUUUCAUCGAUGGCCUGGCUAUUGGUGCCUCCUUCACCGUGUCUGUUUUCCAAGGCAUCAGCACGUCAGUGGCCAUUCUCUGUGAGGAAUUCCCACAUGAGCUGGGAGACUUUGUUAUCCUGCUCAAUGCUGGUAUGAGCAUCCAGCAAGCUCUCUUCUUCAACUUCCUUUCUGCUUGCUGCUGCUAUGUGGGUCUGGCCUUUGGCAUCCUGGCUGGAAGUCACUUCUCAGCCAACUGGAUUUUUGCACUGGCUGGAGGAAUGUUCUUAUAUAUUGCUCUAGCUGAUAUGUUCCCUGAGAUGAACGAGGUCUGCCAAGAGGACGAAAGGAAGAACAGCUUCUUGGUCCCCUUCGUCAUCCAGAAUCUCGGCCUCCUGACUGGCUUCUCCAUCAUGCUGGUCCUCACAAUGUAUUCAGGACAGAUUCAGAUUGGGUAGGGCCCUGCCAGCGGAGAGCCAGUGGCAUUGCACGUCAGACUCUGGGCCUUAUGUCCCUGGCCUAAGGACUCAGCAUCCAUGAAGCGUCAUGGAAGAGGCAGUUCAGAUGUCAGCUGUUUCAAAAUGUUCUGUCCUAGGAAGAACCUGCCCUGGGACUCUCUAGGUAGUGCCUCAAACCGUCUCCCAACCCUUCCCGCGGAUGAUUCUGGAACUGAAAUGCCUCCCUCGUGUAGGACACACCUCCCUUUUCCUUCUGGUUACCCUCUUCUGUCUUUUUCUCUUGGAGGAAGCACUGAGAUGUUGAAUCUUUUACAAUGCAAAAAUGAAGCC